AAAGCAGAGAAGGUCUUUUUCACAGAGGUGGACCUCUCACCUACUUGUAGAAGUUUUGCUGAGUCCUGUUGGCAAAUUCUUCAAUAUGGCUGAGAAGCAGACAGUUUUCUUGGGUCUUGGAGAACCCAAAGACGGCCCUGGAUCAAGGUCACCCGUGUCUGUGCACCCACCGCAUGUCACAUUUAUGGAAAAGCCCGAUGGCAACCCUGAAACCUGGCACAUUCAAUUCAGAACAUUUAUCAGCUCAAAGGAAUCCGACCCCGUCCAGGAUCUGAGGAGACUCCGUGAGCUCUGCCAUCUGUGGCUGAGGCCAGAUCUCCACACCAAGGAGCAGAUCAUGGACAGGCUGGUGCUGGAGCAGUUCAUGAUCUGCAUGCCUCUGGAGUGCCAGGUCUUGGUCAAGGAAAGUGGUGUGGAGAGUUGCCAAGAGCUGGAGGACAUGCUGAUAAAUCAGCAGAAACCCAAAAAGUGGGAUAAGAAAGGUUUCCUGCCAGCGACCAUUCCUGACCCACGUGUACGGGAGGGUCGGACACCCAAGGAGAACAUGGAGCAAGACCUGGUGGAAGACAAAGAAGACACAAGAACCCCCACUCAGUCUCAAGAGCCAGAGCUUCGGAAGGGUCCUGAGACAGAAGAGCCAACUGCGGGUGGAAACAGAGGAGAAUCGGUGAGGCGUCUGACACGUUCCAAACGCAGACGGGCCAGCAGUCUCACUUCCCAAGAAGGGCUUCAAGAAGGAGCCCCGUCUUUGGACACAGGCAGAUGCUCAGGACAACCUCAGACCUCUUCUGCUUGUUCAGCAGGCAGGGUGAAAACAACCAGUCAUGCCAAGGGCAAAGAAGCCCCGGGAGGGACAGACUAUCAGUGUCGAGAAUGCAACAAGAGGUUUCAUUAUAGGUCUCAGUUUACUCUUCACAAGAGGACACACACGGGAGAGAGGCCCUUCCAAUGCAGUCUUUGUGCCAAAGCGUUCAUGCAGCCCUCGGACCUGCGAGUCCACCAGCGAAUCCACACGGGCGAGAAGCCAUACCGCUGUGACACCUGCAGCAGGGACUUCACCCACGAUUCCACGCUGCGAGCUCACAAGAGGACCCACACCAAGGAGAGGCCUUUCCCUUGUGAGCAAUGUGACAUGGCCUUCAGCCACCGGGGGAACCUCAACGUCCACCGACGCACCCACUCUGGGCUCAAGCCCUACGUGUGUCCCGAGUGUCACGGCGCCUUCCGCCAGCUGGGCACUUUCAAACGCCACCAGAAAACACAUUUCAAGACAACUAGCCAAUGAGUCGGCCCUCAGCUCCAAGUCCCCUCUGCUCCAAAAAGGAAAUUCAGGAUGACUUGUCACUAUGGGAUGCAAAGG